CUUAUUUCAUUAAAUUUUCUUUCUUGACGUCAGACCGGCAUUCAAGAGGUGCUUUCGCGGGAUUCGCUUUUUGCGGGCGAAGGUGAGGUGUUCUCUGCGGUGCAACGAUGGAUUUUGGCGAAUGAAAAGUGUGACGUGAAAUCAGUGAUGAAAUGUGUUCGACUUCCGUUAUUGACGAUCCACGAGUUGUUGAAAGUCGUUCGUCCGACUGGCCUGAUCUCCGCUGACGAGUUGCUUGACGCUCUCGAUGCGCGCACGAAGGAUAAUUCGCCCGGACCUGACGACUUGAACUAUCGUGGCUUGCUCGUUUUGGAUGAAAACCUUUUAACGAACCGCCACGGGGCGGAAGUGACUGUCGGCGAAUUGCCACAGUAUCUCUUGGACGGGGAUACGGAUACUUUCGACACGGAGCGCGGCUUCACAAGACACGCCAUUGAAGAUAAUCGAUCUCGAAACCUGCGCGGGGAAAGCUAUCAACGUCUCUGGUCGACCGGAAAUAUUUGUUCACAGCAACCACAAAGCUCAGGAGGAAUAGUGGUACGUCUGGGCAAGCCGUCGAUCUUGAAUCACAUCCGCAUGUUACUGUGGGAUAGAGAUUCGCGAUCAUAUUCCUACUACAUCGAGGGUUCCGUCGAUGAGAAUUCUUGGUUCAAGUUGGUGGAUCAUACCAAAGUCCUCUGUCGAUCGUGGCAAGAAAUUCGAUUUCCUCAGCGAGUUAUCAAGUACAUUCGCCUCGUCGGAACUCACAACACCAAUAACAAGGUCUUUCACGUGGUUGCUUUGGAAGCCUAUUACUCGACGAAAGUUGUCAAGAUGCAGGAUGGUUACAUUGUUCCCGAACACAAUGUAGCGUCAUCGCAACUCGGCGCAGUUGUUAUCGAAGGAGUGAGCAGGAGCCGAGACACUUUACUCAACGGGAACACGCAUUCGUAUGAUUGGGAUAACGGAUACACUUGUCAUCAACUCGGCGGGAUGCCGAUUGUCGUCCAACUCUCCCAACCGUAUUGGAUUGGUUCCAUGCGCCUGCUGCUGUGGGAUUGCGAUGACAGAAGCUAUUCGUAUCACAUCGAAACUAGUCUCAACAACAAGGACUGGGAAAUGGCAGUGAACAAAGACAGGGACUUGUGCAGAUCGUGGCAAGAAUUGGUGUUGAGCCAGCCGCGAGCAGCUGCGUUCAUUAGGAUCGUUGGAGUGCGGAAUACGGCGAAUGAAGUGUUCCAUUGCGUCCAUUUUGAGUGCCCGUUCUUCUUCCGCGGGUUGGAACGAGAUGCACCAUUGACUCUUGACGUACCACUUGGACUAGUGACAUGGGUUCAGAAGUUGGGGAAACUGGGGAACAAAGUUGAACACGUAUUUGGAGUGGACGUGCAUCUUUCUGAUCUUCGGCACGUCCGUUUUGUAUACCUGCAAGACACUGCCUCGAGACGAACAGUGUUUGAACACAUUCAGUACUAUGCUUUUCCUGCGACGCAAAAAAUCAAUUAUUUUGCUUUUGAUUACCGCGACACCUUUAAAGAAAAUGGAUGGACGAUUUAUGACCCUGUGCUGGAACUCACGAGACUCGGUUUGCCAACAGAUUCUUGGGUCAUCACCAAAGUUAACGCAAAAUGUGCAUCGGAAGAGGAUUUGAUCGCAUCAGCAGCGUUUCGUUCGAGAGAACGUCUUCCGGUUUUGUCUUGGCUUCAUCCGGAAACACAGGCCUCAAUCACGCGAUGUUCCCAACCGAUGGUAGGCGUUAGUGCGAAAAGGAGCCGAGCUGAUGAAAAAUAUCUGCAAAUGAUCAUGGAUGCGAAUGCUCAGUCACAUAAAAUUUUUAUUAUGGACGCCAGACCCAGCGUGAAUGCUGUGGCAAACAAAGCUCGUGGCGGUGGAUACGAGAGUGAUGACGCGUAUCCGUUUGCGGAGCUGGUCUUUCUUGACAUACAUAACAUACACAUGAUGCGAGAGUCGUUGAGAAAAUUGAAGGAGCUCGUUUUUCCGUUGGUUGACGAGUCGAGGUGGUUGUCUGGGCUUGCAGCGACAUCUUGGUUGGAUCACGUUAGAUCAAUUCUCGCCGGUGCCGUGCGAAUCGCCGAUAAGGUGGAGAACCAAAGAACCUCCGUCGUUGUUCAUUGCUCUGAAGGAUGGGACAGAACCGCACAGUUGACCGCUCUGGCCAUGUUGAUGCUGGACCCUUAUUACCGAACCAUUCGUGGGUUUCAGGUGUUGGUUGAGAAGGAGUGGCUGAGUUUUGGGCACAAAUUCGAACAGAGGCUAGGAUACGGUGAAGACAGACACACGGAUGCGGAUCGUAGCCCCAUCUUCGUUCAGUUCAUGGAUUGCGUGUGGCAA